AGAGCCGCGUCGGUCCUCACCCUCCAUUACCAUCAUCAUCAACGCUUCCCCCCAUUUCUGCAUUCCUAGAUUCUCUAGAGAGAGAGAGGGAGAGAAGAGAGAGGAGAGAGAGAGAGAGAGCAGCGGCAAUGGCGAGAGUAGAUCUGGACGGCCGGCCGAUCGCGCCGCUGACCAUAUGCAUGAUCGGCGCCGGGGGCUUCAUCGGUUCCCAUCUGUGCGAGAAGCUGAUGGCGGAGACGCCGCACAAGGUGCUCGCCCUCGACGUCUACGGCGACAAGAUCAGGCACCUCCUCGAGCCGGAAUCCCUCCCCUGGGCCGGCCGCAUCCAGUUCCACCGCAUCAACAUCAAGCACGACUCCCGCCUCGAAGGCCUCAUCAAAAUGGCAGAUCUGACGAUCAACCUCGCCGCGAUCUGUACUCCCGCCGAUUACAACACUCGGCCUCUCGACACGAUCUACAGUAACUUCAUCGACGCGCUGCCUGUGGUCAAGUACUGUUCGGAGAACAACAAGCGACUCAUUCACUUUUCGACCUGUGAAGUGUAUGGGAAAACGAUUGGUAGCUUCCUUCCCAAAGAUAGCCCACUUCGUGAGGACCCUGCAUAUUAUGUUCUCAAGGAAGAUGCUUCCCCCUGCAUUUUUGGCCCAAUUGAAAAGCAGAGGUGGUCCUAUGCAUGUGCAAAACAAUUGAUUGAGAGGUUGAUUUAUGCCGAAGGAGCAGAAAAUGGUCUUGAGUUCACUAUAGUGAGGCCUUUUAACUGGAUAGGACCCAGGAUGGAUUUUAUACCUGGCAUUGAUGGUCCAAGUGAGGGUGUACCCAGGGUUUUGGCAUGCUUUAGUAAUGCUCUACUACGUCAUGAGCAACUCAAACUUGUAGAUGGUGGCCAGUCACAGAGAACUUUUAUUUACAUAAAGGAUGCCAUUGAAGCUGUUCUUCUUACGAUCGAAAACCCGGAGAGGGCUAAUGGGCACAUUUUUAAUGUGGGUAACCCGAACAACGAAGUAACAGUUAGGCAGCUUGCUGAAAUGAUGACUCAGAUCUACUCAAAGGUCAGUGGGGAGGCAGCUUUGGAUGUACCUACCAUUGACGUUAGUUCCAAAGAGUUUUACGGCGAGGGUUAUGACGAUAGUGACAAGAGAAUCCCGGACAUGACCAUCAUUAAUAGGCAAUUGGGUUGGAAUCCGAAAACAUCCCUCUGGGACUUGCUAGAAGCCACGCUUACUUAUCAACACAGGACAUACGCUGAGGCCAUCAAAAAGGCCAUGUCAAGGCCAGUUGCGUCCAGCUGAUUUAGUCGAAAAACUGGGUUCUCGUGUUGGAUGCUGGCUGUUGCAGGCGUUUCAAUUCUUUGUAAGGUUUUAGUUUGUCCAAAUGGGUUGGUUUUUGUAUACGUUGGUUUUUCUCUCUCCCAUAUCGGUAGUCAAGUGCUCGGGGAAUGUUGUCUCUGCAAAAUCUAGUAGACAUUCGAGGGAUCUGUAUCUUAGCGAUGUAAUUCGUAAGUCAAUCUUAAGCUACAGUUGGGAUGCAGAGCAUGCAACGAAAGCAAUCUGCUCCGGGGGUUUGAUUGCCGUGCCCCUAUUUUAAUUUAUUUUUUCCCAAGGGCAUUCUAUAUAACUUUGUUUAAGCUGUA